AUGUCUCCAGCUUCUCAAGAUUUGGUUUUAGCUUACAUUAACGAUUAUGUCUCAAGAAACAAUGAAUUAUCAAAGUUGGCUAAGCCGUUAGCCAAGUUAAUUGAAGGUAAAUCAUUGCCAACCAUCUCAAACGGCUUGGAAAUUAUCAUUAGUGAAGUCAAGGAAAAUAAAGACGAAAGUGAAUCUGAUAGUUCAUCAUCUGAAAGUGACUCAGAAAGUGAAUCUGAUAGUUCCUCUUCUGAUAGUGAAUCCGAUAGUUCUUCUUCUUCUUCUUCUUCAUCGGAAAGCGACAGCGACUCUUCUUCUGACGAGUCUUCAUCAUCGGAUAGUGAAUCUGAAGAUGAAAAGGAAGAAGAUAAAGUUGAAAAAUCCAAGGAAGAAGUAAAGAGUGAUUCCAGCAGUGAUUCCAGCAGUGAUUCCAGCAGUGAUUCCAGCAGUGAUUCCAGCAGUGAUUCCAGCAGUGAUUCCAGCAGUGAUUCCAGCAGUGAUUCCGACAGUGAUUCCGACAGUGAUUCCGACAGUGACUCAUCCUCAAGUGAAGAUGAAUCUGAUUCAGAUUCUUCCAGUUCAAGUUCUGAUAGUGACAGCAGCUCUUCCGAUAGUGAAAGUGACUCAGAUGAUUCUUCCUCUAGUGAUGAUGAUGAUGAUAGCGAAGAAGGAACAAAGAAAAGAAAACAAGAAGACAACGAAGAACCAGAAUCCAAGAGAGCUAAAAGUAAUACUGAAAGCUCUUCCAGUACAGAAUCUAUUCCAGCUACCCCUGAACCUGAGUUGAAGCCAGGACAAAGAAAACAUUUUUCAAGAAUCGACAGAUCUAAGAUUUCAUUUGAAGAUAGUACUUUACAAGACAAUACUUACAAAGGUGCUGCUGGUACUUGGGGUGAAAUGGCAAAUGAAAAGUUGAUGCAAGUCAGAGGAAAAGACUUUACUAAAAACAAAAAUAAAAUGAAGAGAGGCAGUUACAGAGGUGGAAGUAUAACCUUAGCUUCUGGUUCUUACAAAUUCACUGAUUAG